AUGGCCAAUAACUCGUUUCGCGACUCGGUCAACUCACUAGGGUGGUCGCGUAGAGAUCCGGAUCUUCCCGUCCGCACUGGCGCGUCAUCAUCCACCCCAUUCAUGUCGCGCCUACAGUCCUUAAACCCGGGGGGUUACGUGCAACUGCCCACUCACAAUGACGGCCCCGGGGCUCCUCUACCCGCAGCCAAUCGUCGGGAAGAAGAAGAGGGCUUCUUUGCUUUGAGUCGGUGGGACCGUCUACUCAUUUUUGGCGCAUGUAAUCUGGGUGCUGCAGUCUGUUUCAUGAUCUGCUUUUUCUUAUUCCCUGUCUUGUCACUCAAGCCCCGCAAAUUUGCCAUUUUAUGGUCUGUCGGCUCAGUCCUGUUUUUGCUAUCAUGGGCGGUCCUCAUGGGACCCUGGUCGUACGCAAAACACCUGGUCUCGGGACCCCGGCUUCCGUUCACAGCGGCUUAUUUCGGAUCCAUCGCGCUGACUCUGUACUUUGCUAUCGGGCUCCAAAACCUCCUCCUCACGCUGAUCUCCUCCAUCUUCCAACUCGCAGCUCUGGUCUGGUACCUCGUCAGCUAUUUCCCCAUGGGAAGCACUGGCUUGCAAUACAUGGGUCGCUUUGGUGCCUCACGCGUUUCUGCCUGGGUUAGUGGUUAG